UAGUGUAGACGAGUUGUGAAAUAAAGAGUUGUUGAAUUAAAUUAAACAGUGUUGAUUUUAUUUGUCAAUCCAGAGAUACGAACCUAACAAAGUAAACUAGCAAGAGUAAAUUCGUAACAAUUGGUGUCAGAAGUGGGAUUGUCAAAUAAUCCAAAUUCAAAAUGGUUAAAUUCGGAGAAUUGAGAAUUCAGCAAUUAAAAAAGGAACUGGAGGGGCGUAAUUUGCCGAUAAGCGGGCAAAAGGCGGAUCUGCAGGCACGAUUACGUGAAGCAAUGGAAGCGGAUGGAAUUAAUGUCGACGAAUUCGAAUUUGAUGGCCCAGAAACUUCUACAAAGGUAGAAGAAAAAGUAGAAGAACAACGAACAUCAUCAAGCGUAGACACGAACAUGCUGUUAGUGGCUAUUAAGCAAAUAGCAGAAAAUGCAGUGCAAACAGAAAAUCGUCUGGCACAGCAAAUAGCAGAAAAUGUAGUGCAAACAGAAAAUCGUCUGGCACAGCAAAUAACGCAAAUAGCUGAAAAUACAUCACAGUUAGAGUCUCGCCUUACACAACAGAUUACGGAAAAUACUACACAACUACAAAAACAAGUGCAAGAGAAAUUUUCAAAAUUUGAAGACGAAUUAAGCACUUUAAAAAAUGGCGAAGAAAAUUUAAAAUCAGAAGUUCUGCAAUUAAGUAAUCGUGUGCGAGAACUGCAACUACAUGGCCCUGCACCAUCAACAAAUAAUCAAAGAUUGAAGGCACCCACAUUCGAUGGAAGUAUUCCAUUUCAAAUUUUCAAACUUCAGUUUGAAAAGACAGCAACGGCCAAUAACUGGAAUGCAGCGGACAAAGUGGCGUCCUUGUUUGUAUCAUUGAAAGGACCGGCAGCAGAAAUCCUUCAGACUAUUCCAGACUGUGAACGGGACAACUAUGAGGCAUUGAUGAGUGCGAUAGAAAGACGAUAUGGUAGUGAGCACCGGAAACAAAUAUACCAGAUCGAACUGCAAAAUAGGGGUCAGAAGAUGAACGAGUCAUUGCAAGAGUUCGCAACUGAAAUCGAACGACUGGCUCAUUUGGCAAAUGCAGAUGCACCUGUGGAUUACAUUGAGAGGGUAAAAAUUCAAUGUUUCAUAAAUGGAAUUCGUGAUGUGGACACCAAACGCGCCACAUAUGCAUUGCCAAAAAGAACGUUUGCUGAAACGGUUUCGCACGCCCUCACACAGGAAACAGCUUCCCUACUAAGUAAACCAGCACACAAAGUACAAAGGGUUGAAAUGGAACAACCGGCGCUGAUGGAAGAAAUAUUGAAGACUCUGAAGACAAUUGCUGCACCGCGAGUAAAUACAACAGGAAGAUGUUUCAACUGUGGAAAAGCGGGUCACUUUGCCCGAAAUUGCAAUAUAAAGGUAAACCCAUCAAAACGGAACCAACCAACAGAACACCGAAAGAGGAUUCACCACAAAAAUGCGGAUGCAUUAUCGCGUCGCCCUUGUCCACCGGAAUGUAAACAUUGCUCCAAAUCAGAGGGAAAAGAAGGUAUAAUCGACGUGCGAUUACUGAAUAUAGAACCUGAAGAUGAUUGGACUCCUCACCGCAUCAGAAUCAAUCAGCUGGAGGACCCUGAUCUCGCAAAGCUGAUAAUAGCCAAAGAAAAUGGGGUGCGACCACCAAAGGAACAAAUAAGUAACGAGAGUCCAACGGCAAAAGCAUAUUGGGCCCAAUGGAACAGCAUAAACCUCGUUAAUGGAUACCUUCAUCGUACCUGGGAAAGCGAAGAUGGCAAACAGUCUCGUCUGCUGAUCAUAGUACCGAAGUCCAUGAUCCCGAAAGUAUUGAAAGAAUAUCACAAUGGACCUAGUGGAGGGCACCUUGGGAUUACAAAAACUAUAGAGAAGAUUAAACAACGGUUCUACUGGAUCGGUUGUCAAGAUUCCAUAGCAGAAUGGAUAAGUAAUUGCGUAGAGUGCAGCUAAAGGUCCUAAAGCCAAAAGUCGCGGUAGGCUGCAACAGUACAACGUGGGAUCACCAUUUGAACGAGUCGCAAUGGAUGUUGCAGGUCCGUUCCCAACCAGUACGGCCGGAAACAAAUAUCUACUGGUUGUCAUGGACUAUUUCAGUAAAUGGCCAGAAGUAUAUGCCUUACCAAACCAAGAAGCGAAGACAGUAGCCGAAGCGUUUGUAGAAAAUUGGAUAACAAGGUUCGGAGUGCCCGUCGAAUUACACUCAGAUCAAGGCAGAAAUUUCGAAUCUUCCAUUUUCCAAGAAGUCUGUACAUUAUUGGGCAUCCACAAGACACGGACAACAGCGUUACACCCACAAUCAGAUGGGAUGGUAGAGAGAUUCAACCGAACGCUCGAAGAACAUCUGCGGAAAAUCGUUGAUAAAGACCAACGGAAUUGGGACAAGCGCAUCCAGAUGUUCCUGCUGGCGUAUCGUUCAGCGAAGCACGAGACAACUGGUUACACGCCGGCAAAGAUUAUUUUCGGAUCUGAUCUGCGACUCCCUGCUGAUCUUAAGUUUGGAACGAAUCCUACAGCUGUAAGAAAUGAUGGAGAUUAUUGUUCUGCCUUAAAGGAAGAAAUGAAUGAAUUGCAUCUAAUGGUAAGACAGCAUACGCAUCUGAUGAGCAAUAAGAUGAAGGACCGGUUCGAUCAAGCGGCAAAUUCAAAAGGUUUUGAAGAAGGUGAUCUGGUCCUGUUGUACAAUCCACUUCGAAAGAAAGGCUUGUCCCCGAAACUACAGACAGCCUGGGAAGGACCCUAUAUGGUGAUGAAACGACUUAAUGACGUGUAUACCGCAUACAAAGAAAUGGGAAAGCGCG